UUUUAUUUUUUGGCUGGAUUCUUUCCUCCAUUCUGCCUAGUCGCCGUUCUUCCACGCCGAUCAGUCCUCCAUUCUGUUCGUGAACUCUAGCCUACAUCUCAAACCUAGACCGUCCGUCAUCUAGUUAUCAUCGACUGCAGAGGCUUUUACGACAAGUGAACUCCAUUACCUGACGUUCAAAAACUCAUCCACGAUCCCUCGAGACAAUAGAAACUCAUUUCCUCACCCCUCGCGACGAUCGAAAUAAUAGUCUCGACCAUCAGACUAGUCGCGAGAAAAACCCUAACCUUGCGAACCAUUUUCUUGUCAGUCUACAAUCGCUGCCUCUGCUCCACGAGCCAGAGUAGUCGCCAUUUCAAUCUGGCAGCCUGCGAACACCAUCAAUUUCUCUCGCUACACCCGGAAAACCAUCAUCCUUGUCAUUGAAAUCCUUUGACUGCCAUUCUUCUACUUUUAAAGACAAAACAGGUACAGAUAUCAUGCUUGGGAAUGGCAUUGUUGGAAUUCUUUCAGAGUCUUCAAACAUGUGGGAAAGAAGGGUACCUCUAACUCCUUCACACUGUGCUCGACUCCUUCAUGGUGGUAGAGGUAAAACUGGAGUGGCUCGUAUAGUUGUGCAGCCAUCCACAAAGCGCAUCUUUCAUGAUGCACUUUAUGAGGAUGUUGGUUGCGAGAUAUCUGAUGACUUGUCAGAGUGUGGUCUCAUAUUGGGUAUUAAACAACCAAAGUUGGAUAUGAUUCUUCCUGAAAGAGCUUAUUCCUUCUUCUCCCACACUCACAAGGCGCAGCAGGAAAACAUGCCUUUAUUAGAUAAGAUCUUAGCUGAAAAGGUGUCUUUGUAUGAUUAUGAACUUAUUGUUGGGGACCAUGGCAAAAGGUUACUUGCAUUUGGAAAAUUCGCUGGCAGAGCUGGACUAAUUGACUUCUUGCAUGGAUUAGGAAUACGGUAUUUGAAUCUUGGAUAUUCGACACCUUUCCUUUCACUUGGUGCAUCUUAUAUGUAUUCUUCCUUGGCUGCUGCCAAGGCUGCGGUGAUUUCUGUUGGUGAAGAAAUAGCAACUAUGGGACUGCCAUUGGGAAUCUGCCCUAUGGUCUUUGUGUUCACUGGUUCAGGGAAUGUUUCUCUUGGUGCACAAGAGAUAUUUAAGCUUCUUCCUCACACUUUUGUCGAUGCAAGCAAACUCCCAGAACUAUUUGGAAUGGCUGGGGACCUUACUCAACAUGCUAGAAGGUCAAAGAGAGUCUUCCAAGUGUAUGGUUGUGUCGUGACUUCUCAAGACAUGGUUAAACACAAAGAUGGGACAACAGUAUUUGAUAAAGCAGACUACUAUGCACAUCCAGAACACUACAAACCCAUUUUCCAUGAAAAAAUAGCACCCUAUGCAUCUUUCAUUGUCAAUUGCAUGUAUUGGGAGAGACGAUUCCCCCAGUUGCUGACCACCAAGCAGCUUCAGGAUCUUAUGACAAAUGGAUGCCGACUUGUAGGAAUCUCUGAUAUAACUUGUGAUGUGGGAGGUUCAAUAGAGUUUGUUAAUCAAACCACAUCACUUGAUUCACCAUUUUUCAGAUAUGAUCCUUUUUCUGAUUCCUGCCAUCAUGAUAUGGAGGGAAAUGGUGUUAUAUGUUCAGCUGUGGACAUUCUUCCAACAGAGUUUGCGAAAGAGGCUUCACGGCAUUUUGGAGACAUUCUAGCUCAAUUUAUUGUCAGUUUGGCUUCUGUGAAAGAUAUUAUCGAAUUACCAGAAUACUUAAGGAGAGCUUGUAUAGCACAUAGAGGAGCACUUACUUCCUUGUAUGAAUAUAUUCCUCGUAUGAGAAACUCUAAGUCUGAAGAAUUGUCAGAUAGCUGUGCCCAUUUUCACUCCAGUACAAAGAAAUACAGUGUACUGGUUUCUUUGAGUGGUCAUUUAUUUGACCAAUUUCUAAUAAAUGAGGCUUUGGAUAUUAUUGAAGCAGCAGGCGGUUCUUUUCACUUGGUUAAGUGCCAACUGGGUCAAAGUGCAAGCUCUGUGUCAUAUUCAGAACUUGAAGUUAGUGCAUAUGAUGGUGCAGUCCUAGACCAAAUUAUCGAUUCACUAUCAUGUAUUGCUAAUACAAGUGAAAAUCAUAGAUUUCGGAAUACGGAAAUCACUAGGAUUUCACUGAACUUCUGUAAUGUCAAGGAGAGUAGCACUGAUAAGGGACAUGGCACAGAAAUGAAGACUAAGGUUUUAAUUAUUGGUGCUGGCCGGGUCUGUCGACCAGCUGCAGAACUGUUAGCAUCGUUUGGAAGAGUUUCGUCUCGCCAGUGGUUUGAAAGAUUCUUAGAAAAUGAUUUUGAUGAGAAAAAUGAUGUUCAAGUUGUUGUUGCGUCUCUCUACCUAAAAGAUGCAGAAGAGGUAAUUGAAGGAAUUCCUAAUGCAAUGGCAAUUCAGCUUGAUGUGACAGAUCAUGAAUGCCUUUGCAAAUAUGUUUCGCAGGUUAAUGUUGUAAUAAGUUUACUGCCAGCUAGUUGUCACACAAUUGUUGCAAAUGCAUGUAUUGAGUCCAGGAAGCAUCUUGUUACUGCUAGCUACGUUGAUGAUUCCAUGUCAAUUCUAGAUUCAGAGGCAAAAGUUGCUGGUGUUACAAUUCUCGGUGAGAUGGGCUUGGAUCCUGGAAUAGAUCAUAUGAUGGCAAUGAAGAUGAUCAAUCAAGCACAUGUCCGAGGGGGAAGAAUAAGGUCUUUUACUUCUUAUUGUGGAGGACUCCCAUCCCCUGCAGCUGCAAAUAACCCAUUGGCAUAUAAAUUCAGUUGGAGCCCUGCAGGAGCUAUUCGAGCUGGGCGCAAUCCUGCUAUUUAUAAAUUGCAUGGAGAAACUAUACAUGUCAAUGGGAACAAGCUUUAUGAUUCAGCUUUUAGACUACGCAUACCUGACUUUCCAGCUUUCGCAUUGGAGUGUCUUCCCAAUCGUAAUUCUUUAGUAUAUGGAAAUCUAUAUGGAAUAGAGCAUGAAGCAUCCACCAUCUUCCGUGGAACCCUCCGGUAUGAAGGGUUUGGCAAAAUUAUGGCGACACUUGCCAGCAUUGGUUUCUUUGAUAUUGACGAUCAUCCAAUUCUUAAACAUGGUAAGAAACCCACAUUCAAAACGUUCCUCCUUGAACUUCUCAAAAUCAAAAGGGAGGACUCUAGGGGAACUGUGGUUGGAGAGGAGGAUAUCACACAAAGGAUCAUUACACUAAGAGCUUGCCAAGAGCAAGAAACUGCAAUUAAAGCAGCCAAAGUUAUCAUGUUUUUGGGACUUUACGAGCAGAUAGAAAUCCCAGCACCCUGCCGUAGUGCGUUUGAUGUAACCUGUUUCUGCAUGGAAGAAAAAUUAGCAUACAACAGCACAGAACAGGACAUGGUGCUUUUGCAUCACGAAGUGGAAGUAGAUUUCCCAGAUGGACGACCUUCAGAGAGCCAUAGGGCUACUUUAUUGGAAUUUGGGAGGACCAAUAAUGGGAAAUCAACAACGGCCAUGGCUCUCACUGUCGGGAUUCCAGCGGCAAUAGGGGCACUGCUUUUACUUGGAGACAAGAUCAAGACAAGGGGUGUUGUACGACCCAUUGAACCCGAGGUGUAUGUGCCAGCACUGGAUAUUUUACAAGCUUAUGGUUUCAAUGUCAUGGAGAAGAGCGGGUGAUAUACCAAUUAAUUCAUGUUUAAUUGCAGAUUUUUUACUUUGCCGUUCUAGAAGUUGUCAUUUUUUUCCCCCUUUUUCCAUUCCCAUCGCGUGGCAAAUUGAUGAAAACAAGAAAAACGUUUGUUGAUUAUGUAAUGGUUUGAUUCAAUCUAGAUCAUUAAUGGCAGAAAAAACCAGAUUAUUGUUCA